UGAAAUUUGCGCGCCAAAAAAAUAAUUAGUGGGAUUUCUGUUCUGAUUGGAUCGAGAUUGUGAAAAAAAACUGUGCUACUUCUAAAAACCAGUAUUAGUAAGACAUUUGCAGAAAUUUUGAGAAAAAUGGCUGGAUUGUGCAGGGUUUUUGUGAUUUGCACAGUUGUUGCGAUGUGGUGUGCAAAUUUACAAACGGCAAAUGCUGCUACUAUAUAUAAAAGGAGUCCUUUGCUAGCUACAGACGUUUCCAAAACGGACGACGGAAGUUUUAACGCUUGCAGUAAACGUACGCCCUGCGGAUGGGGAGUGUACCAACCUUUCACGCGAGUUGUGAGCUACUUCAUGAGGAACACUUGCAGUUGUCUGCCCGACCAGACCUGCUCCCGUUCCGAGGACGACGUCUCCGUGUCCGCCUACAUCUACCGGUGCACGACGACGCCGGCCGUCGACCACCGGGCGGGCGACACCAACAUUUAACGCAAACGAACUUCUUCGUCUUAGAAGCAACAACGUAGUCAAAACAAAGUGAACAAACACUCCGCGAACGCACUCGGCAAGGUGCGGUUUUCGAAAUGACCUUGCGUGACUGCUGCCGUGCUCCACAUUAAGAACAUGAUCCUCUCCCCGUUGUUGGAGGGCCACGCUGGCCGUGGGCUAUAAGGGAGAUACCAAACAGUAUAAAUGUGAAUCAUUAAUCAAUCAAUCAAUCGAAUCCAUCAACAUUGGAACUCAAUUGGAAAACUGAUCUGUGGCAUCAUCUUGCACACAAAGGUCAUUUUGGGGGGAAAAAUAUUUUUUCCGUUCUACAAGCGCACGUCUAAUUUUGCCAUCAAUAAUUUAUUUGUACAGUAUUCAUAUACAUUCUGAACUGAAGCUGUUGUUGCCAACGAGAAGAUGUGGUGGCAUGUGUUUAUGUAUAACAUGACUUUAUAUUAAAUAUGUGUACAUAGGAUUUUAAAUUGUAUAUAUUCAAAAAGCCAUUGAGAGAAUAUGCAGUGCAAUAUUUAAUACCAGUUGUUAUAAGUUAUUAAAAUACUCAAUUGUACAUUAGAUUGCUAUGCUUUAUCUUAAUUUAAUUUUGUAUACCUACAUAUAUAUGUAAGUCAGUAUUGUAGAUUAUGUCAGAUUUAUUUAAUUAUUAUUUAAUAAAAUAUU